AUGGUGGAUGUAUACACUGUGAAGGUGGAAGAAGCAAGAUCUGCAACUCAUGAAAAGCCAUCAGCAGGUCCUGUCUACAGAUGCAUCUAUGCUAAAGAUGCUUUGUUGGAUUUACCUUCUCAUUUUCAAUCUCCAUGGGACUUUUUCAGGGAAUCUGCUGCAAGGUGCCCCAGUAAAGCAAUGCUGGGUCGGCGUCAAAAAAUUGAUUCAAAGGUUGGUCCCUAUGAAUGGGUCACAUUUGAAGAGGCUUAUGAUGCUGCCAUCCGAAUUGGUUCCGCCAUGAAGAGCCGCGGUGUCAAUCCUGGUGACCGUUGUGGCAUAUAUGGAUCCAACUGUCCCGAAUGGAUAAUUGCAAUGGAGGCUUGUAACAGCUAUGCAGUAACAUAUGUCCCAUUAUACGACACUCUUGGUCCUAAUGCUGUGGAGUUUAUCAUUAACCAUGCUGAAGUUUCGCUAGCAUUUGUACAGCAAAGCAAGAUUCCUUCCGUUUUGUCAUGUCUUGAUCGGUGUACAAGUCUUAAAACUAUUGUGAGUUUUGAUAAUGUUUCCAUCACACAAAAGAAAGAAGCUGAGGAACUUGGUGUAUCCUGCUUCACUUGGGGAGAGUUUCUUCAGUCGGGAAAUCUCGAUUUGGAUCUAACGUUAAAAAAUAAGACUAACAUCUGCACAAUCAUGUACACAAGUGGAACAACAGGUGAACCAAAAGGUGUCAUUAUUAAGAAUGAGGCUUUCAUGACUCAAGUGCUGUCCAUUGACCAACUACUUUCGAUAACAGACAAAGGCGCAGCGGAAGACGACGUGUACUUCUCUUUUCUUCCUCUUGCUCAUGUAUAUGACCAGAUAAUGGUGACUUAUUGCAUCCACAAGGGCUCAUCAAUUGGUUUUUGGCAAGGCGAUAUCAGAUUCUUAAUGGAAGAUAUUCAGACACUGAAGCCAACUAUAUUUUGUGGUGUUCCUCGAGUUUAUGACCGUGUUUACGCUGGUAUCAAUAGCAAAAUUUCAUCGGAAGGAUCACUGAAAAAGACAUUGUUUCAGUAUGCAUAUAACUACAAAUUGGGAUAUCUAAAUAGUGGUCUUCCACAAGACAAAGCAGCACCUUGGUUUGAUAGGCUUGUAUUUGACAAGAUAAAACAAGCAUUGGGUGGACGAGUUCGAAUCUUGUUAUCCGGAGCUGCUCCUUUGUCUAAGCAUGUUGAAGAGUUUCUAAGGGUCAGUUUUGGAUCUACCUUGGCACAAGGAUAUGGUCUAACUGAAAGCUGCGCGGGGUGUUUCACUUCAAUAUCCAAUGUGUUUUCUAUGGUGGGAACUGUCGGAGUCCCCAUGCCAACGAUUGAAGCCAGGCUUGAGUCCGUGCCUGAGAUGGGUUAUGAUGCACUUUCCAGUCAACCCCGCGGAGAAAUUUGCCUGAGAGGGAAUACCUUGUUCUCGGGUUACCACAAGCGUCAAGAUCUUACGGAAGAGGUUAUUGUUGAUGGUUGGUUUCAUACAGGUGACAUUGGAGAAUGGCUUCCAAAUGGAGCCAUGAAAAUUAUUGACAGAAAAAAGAAUAUUUUCAAAUUGUCUCAAGGAGAAUAUGUUGCUGUCGAGAAUAUCGAAAACAAGUAUUUGCAGUGCCCUCUUAUAACUUCGAUUUGGGUCUACGGAAAUAGUUUUGAAUCUUUCUUGGUGGCUGUUGUUGUUCCUGAAAGACAAGCCCUUGAGAAUUGGGCAGUGAAGCAUGAUUUGUCUGAUGAUUUUAAAUCAUUAUGUGGAAAUCUAAAGGCAAGAAAAUUCAUUUUGGAUGAACUCAACAGCAUUGGUCAGAAACAUCAAUUUAGAGGCUUUGAGUUGAUAAAAGCAGUUUUUCUGGAGCCAAUUCCCUUUGAUGUGGAGAGAGAUCUGGUAACUCCAACAUUCAAAUUGAAGAGACCACAAUUACUAAAGCACUAUAAGGAUUGUAUUGAUCAACUAUACAAGGAAGCAUAG